UCCCUGGUUCCACGCUCUGGUUCUGCCAUGGAAUCCAACAAGGAUGAAGCCGAGCGCUGUAUUAGCAUCGCCCUUAAGGCCAUCCAGAGUAGCCAGCCCGACCGGGCGCUCCGCUUCCUGGAGAAGGCUCAGCGGCUGUACCCGAUGCCGCGAGUUUGCGCCCUGAUCGAGUCCCUCAACCAGAAACCGCAGUCUGCCGGUGACCAUCCCCAGCCCACAGACACGACCCACAGGAAACCAGGUGGGACCGAUGCCCCCUCGGCCAACGGAGAAGCUGGAGGAGGAGAGAGCACCAAAGGCUACACAGCAGAGCAAGUAGCAGCAGUGAAAAGGGUCAAGCAGUGUAAAGAUUACUAUGAGAUCCUGGGGGUGAGCAGAGGGGCCUCCGAUGAGGACCUAAAGAAGGCCUACCGCAAGCUGGCCCUCAAGUUCCACCCAGACAAGAACCACGCACCGGGUGCCACUGAAGCUUUCAAAGCCAUUGGCACAGCAUAUGCGGUACUUAGUAACCCAGAGAAAAGGAAGCAGUAUGACCAGUUCAGUGACGACAAGAGCCAGGCAGCCUGGCAUGGCCAUGGGCAUGGGGACUUCUACCGUGGCUUUGAGGCUGACAUCUCCCCUGAGGACCUCUUCAACAUGUUCUUUGGCGGUGGCUUCCCGUCUAGUAAUGUCCACAUCUACAGCAACGGCCGCAUGCACUAUACCUACCAACAAAGGCAGGACCGCAGGGAGAACCAGGGUGACGGCAGGCUAGGGGUGUUUGUUCAACUGAUGCCUACCCUCAUCCUGAUCCUCAUGUCAGCUCUCAGCCAGCUCAUGGUCUCCAGCCCCCCAUACAGCCUGAGCCCAAGGCCGUCGGUGGGCCACGUCCACAGGCGAGUCACUGACCACCUGAAUGUCGUCUACUAUGUGGCAGACACCUUCUCUAAGGAGUACACAGGCUCCAGCCUCAAAACAGUUGAACGGAACGUGGAAGACGAUUAUAUCGCCAACCUCCGAAACAACUGCUGGAAGGAGAAGCAGCAGAAGGAAGGCUUGCUAUACCGGCCCCGCUACUUCGGUGAUACAGAUAUGUACCACAAAGCACAGAGGAUGAGCACGCCGAGCUGUAACCGACUGUCAGAGACCAUGAAAUCCCUGGAGAAUUUUUGGUGACAUGUACUGAGCCAAGGUGAUGGACUGUAUAUUUAAGGAAAGACAUAAAAAGAAAAAAAAAUUAAAAUGGAAUUGGAGGCAAAAAAAAAAAAAAAAAAAAAAAGAAA